AUGGCACCACGACGUAAGGAGCAGAUUCCUUUUGAUUGGGGUGACCAUCGUUUCAGCUAUGGUGAUUUUGGAGGCAGCAGUCAUUCCGCCUGGGCCAAUAUUGAAAGCCGCCCCAAUGGCAUUAACGGCGACCUUGAUGGACUCCACCGAACUCCGAGCAAUGCCAGUCACACCCUCCAUAUUGACUGUCAGAACAACACCUACAAGAGCAAAGACAACACCUAUAGCAAUGGAGUUGGCGACGACACGAAGGGGAGAGCCCCUCGCUCGCGUGAUCCGUACUCCCUUGCCGCACAAAUUAUGUUUCUACCACAGGAGAUACCAGAGGAAGGCCUUCAAGCAUGGGGAUCCUACCAAGACUACAUGGACCCAGAGGGGUACCAUCAUCCAGUAUUAGUCCUCACUGAUCCAGAUGAAGAGGGUUAUGUCGUCGUGCAAAAGAUGACCUCGUUCGGCGGCAACAAACUUAUUGAGCAAUUCCCCGACCCCAGGGACGCCGACAAAAGAGCAUCAUACAUGCAGAUAUACAAUGGAGAGUCUGACAAGGAUGCUGGAGCUAUUCUUCACCUCUCCCCGCAGCCCGAAAACUGGCGAUCCGAUCAUGAUUACUUGAGAAAACGAUCCUAUGUUGAGACCAAUGUGUCAUACAGAUGCAGGGAGGACAUCCUCCUCCCCUACCACUUUGAGAACCCUUACGACUACAUUUUCAACAAGAAAUAUUUCCUCCGCAACGACUCAUACUGGAAGGUUCUUGAUCGGGUCUUGCUCUUGCGGGUUUCAGAAGGAAAUGGCCCAAAAAGAGGCAGGGCUGGCGCCUUCGGCUCCAAGCGUUUCAACCCAAAACAAGAGAAGUCGGGGUAUAUCACGACCAACAACAGUUGCGCUUCUCUGCCGUUUAAGGAUACACCAUCCACGUCUCUGGUCUCGCUGCCUCGGGCUAUGAUUGUUCCAGAUAUACCGCGGAAGAACACCGUGUCAGGUCCACCUCCAGAGACGCCGCCGACUACCCCGACUCGGAUGUCUCGUAAGGGCCCAAGGACUACGCCGAAGAAAAUCAUCAGUGAUGUAGCAAAGAGCGUCGGGAGCGUCGGUAGUGCGCUAUUGAGGAUGACACCGGGUAAAAAGUCGAAGAAAGUUCUGGAGGCUGAACCGAGAGAGGAGGCUGACCGUGAGGAGAAGUGA